GCUGUCUAUGGGGCGUAUUCCCGCUCUUUGCUAGUCGGAUUCGAGCCUGCAGUCUACCACCAGUGUGUUCGUCAAGUUCUAAGUUCGCCGAAAGUUGACAGCUCUACCGCUAUGAAGCAUCCAAUCAAGAUUGGAAUAAUUGGUGGCUCUGGCUUGAACAAUCCGAAGAUUUUAGAAAAUGCUGUAGAAAAAUAUAUUAUCACUCCUUACGGGAAACCAUCAGAUGUUUUGAUCGAGGGGACCAUCGGAGGAAAACCUUGUGUUCUUCUAGCCAGGCAUGGUCGUCAACACAACAUAAACCCAAGUAACGUCAAUUAUCGAGCUAACAUUUAUGCACUGAAAAAAGUUGGCUGCACCCAUGUGAUUGUUUCUACUGCCACUGGUUCAUUAAAAGAAGAAAUUGUGCCGGGAGAUCUAGUUGUUGUCGACUCAUUUAUCGACAGAACGCAGCACAGAGUGCAAACAUUUUUUGAUGGGUCAGAGUUGAACCCAUCUGUGUGCCACGUCCCAAUGGAGCCUGCCUUUUGCAAUAAAACACGGAAGAUUUUAAUCGAAACCGCUCAAGAGUUGGGUUUCAAGUGCCAUCCCUCUGGGACAGCUGUCACAAUCGAAGGUCCGCGGUUCUCCAGUCGAGCUGAAAGCAACUUGUUCAGAUCAUGGGAUGCUCAUCUUGUGAAUAUGACAUUGGUUCCUGAGGUAGUGUUAGCAAAAGAAGCAGGUUUGUGUUAUGCAGCUGUCGCAAUGGCUACCGAUUAUGAUUCAUGGCGAGACAAAGGAGAAAAAGUGAAUGUUGCCAGCGUCCUCAAGAUCUUCCGAGAAAAUGUUGAAAAGAUCACUACAUUGUUCACUGCUGUAAUUCCCAAAAUCCAUGAUGCAAAUUGGACUGAAGAAAUUAAGGAGGCAAAGGCCUGUGUCCUAAGCAGCAUCAUGUCAUCGAACAAAGAACUAAACGACAUCAUCAAUCUAUCCUGACAAACAAAUGUUUGACGUUUUCAAAGUCUGUUCCAAAACCAGACUCUAAAAUGUGUGCUUGCGCAGGAUCUGUUGAACCCUGCUUCUUUAAAAAGUUACUUAAAGUUACCGCACUCUUAUAAUCUGAAAGAGAGACCGUUCCUGUCCUGAGGCAAUUUUUAUUUUUAUUUCUUUAGUCUUAAACGUUUUAUUUUUGUUUUCCGCUCUUUUUAUCAUUUUUAUUGUUUCGAUCAUUCAUGAAUCAUUAUUUUUAAAUUUUUACUCACCCAGUUUAGUUCCAUUUUUUUCUAAGUUGUGCCUAAUAAUUAUGUUGUAUUUACUACAUUUUGAAGUAACGAAACUGUUAGUUUCUGUCGUGAGGCAUCUUUGUUUUUAUUCCUUUAGUUCUUAAACUUUUUAUAUUUGUAUUUGUUUUCUACUCUUUCCAUUUUAAAUUUUUUUGCCAAUCAUUGAUGAAUUAUUGUUUGUUUUUAACUUUUUAUUCACUGUAUUAAAUCCCAUUUUUCAUCUGAGUUUUUGAAUAAAUCAUGUACUCCUUGCAUUAUAA